GGCACGGCGCGAGUCCGGGAUACCAGGAAAAAGGACGCCCACCGCGCAGGCGCACGGCGGGAGUCCGGGCUACCUGGAAAAAGGACGCCCCGGUACCGCACGGCGGGAGUCCGGGCUACCAGGAAAAACGACGCCCACCGCGCAGGCGCAAGGCGGGAGUCCGGGCUACCAGGCAAACCACGGCUACCGCGCAGGCGCACGGCGGGAGUCCGGGCUACCAGGAAAAACCAGGAAAAAGGACGCCCAGCGCGCAGGCGCACGGCGGGAGUCGGGCUACCAGGCAAACCACGCCCACCGCGCAGGCGCACGGCGAGAGUCCGGGCUACCUGGAAAAAGGACGCCCACCGCGCAGGCGCACGGCGGGAGUCCGAGCUACCUGGAAAAAGGAUUUUGUUAGAAUAUGGAUUCUUCUGCGACAUCCUCGGACAAAGGAUCUAAAGAGGUGUCCGGCGGAAUCACAUCAGCCACCGGAAAAGCUCCUUGGCAAAAAAGAGAGCCCUUCACAAGGAUUCUGAGCCCUGAAGAAGCUGAGAAACUGAAAAAAGAUCAAAGCCUGGUGACGGAAUUCAGGCAACUCAAACUGGAAGAGGAGGCCCAGAAGAAUUGGGAUCUGUUUUACAAAAGAAACAGCACUAAUUUCUUCAAGGAUAGACACUGGACCACCAGGGAGUUUGAGGAGCUGACAUCAUGUAGGGAGUUCGAAGAUCAGAAGUUGACUAUUCUUGAAGCCGGCUGUGGGGUCGGAAACUGUUUAUUCCCACUUUUAGAAGAAGAUCUGAAUAUCUUCGCGUAUGCCUGUGAUUUUUCCCCAAGAGCCGUUGACUACGUUAAGCACAAUUCUUCGUACAACCCUGAAAGGUGUAAGGUAUUCCAGUGUGAUUUGACUAAAGAUGACCUUCUGGAGCAUAUACCAGCGGACUCAGUAGAUGGUGUCACCCUAAUAUUUGUGCUUUCGGCUAUUCAUCCUGACAAGAUGCACCUUGUUUUACAAAAUAUAUAUAAGGUGUUGAAACCAGGCAGAUGUGUCUUGUUUAGAGACUACGGUCUGUAUGAUCAUGCUAUGCUCAGGUUUAAAGCGGGCAACAAGCUGGGAGAAAACUUUUACGUAAGACAGGAUGGCACAAGAUCCUACUUCUUUACCGAUGAAUUCUUGGCUCAGCUCUUUAGGGUCACGGGGUAUGAAGAAGCGGUUAAUGAAUAUGUGCUGCGAGAAACAGUGAAUAGAAAAGAAGGCCUGUGCGUUCCAAGGGUCUUUCUUCAAAGCAAAUUUCGAAAGCCUCUGAAGAAAUCAUGAGUCACGCUGCCCCGGCCCAGGAUUGCGAGCCUUAGUAGUGGAAAGGACUCCGCUGCGUGUACGAAUAGGUUUCCUCUCUCCUUACUUUGAUAAACCAAACCGACCAAACCUUGCCCACUUCAACCAGAUGUAGAGGCCCUGCCACCUGUGCUAACUCUAGUUCCCCUGCCACCACCCCUAACCUCAAUUGUCUGAGGAGUGUUACUGCUGCUGGGGGGAUUUCUGGGCUAAGAGAGAUACUUAGAAGCUCUACAGACCUUGGGGCAGUUCCUGCCCAUUCCUCCUAUGGAGCAAUGGGCCAUUUAUCUCCUGAUCUCUCUUUCUCCCUCACCAAAGAGGAUGUUCUAAUAAUUUUCAUCUACUAACCUCAUAGGAGUGAUGUGAGGAUUCAUUCGUUCUCCCUCACCAAAGAGGAUGUUCUAA